CGUUUUUUUUGUUUGUUACACACCAGGACGUCGACACACACACACACACACACACAGAGCUUUAUUUGGAAGUAAACGCGUCUGUGUGUCGGUUUUUCGACGGUCUGAAGAGUUUUAAAGAGUCUUUGACGGUCUUUGUCAGUCUUUGUCGGUCUUUGUCGGUCUUUGGGAGUCUUGCAGAGUCUGCGUGAGUCGACAGUUGCGGGUCGACAUGUUGUGCGGGGCGGUUUCGGUAGCUUUGUUCUUCUUCACAGCUUCAGUUGUGAGAGGCUUCUCAGUCACGACCAGUAAUCCUGAUGUGAAGGUCAAAGAGAACGAAGGGGUCGACCUCACGUGUUCGUAUUCAGCUGACUUUGGUUCAAACGCCAGAGUGGAGUGGAAGUUCAUGGACCCGAAGGGCUCGCAGACGUACGUGAUCUUUGACGGGAAAGCAACAGGUCCGUACUCCAGCCGGGUGACGAUGUACGGCAGCAACCUGAGGUUCUCCAAAGUGACCCGGAAGGAUAACGGCGUGUACGACUGUGAGGUGUCCGGCAACGGGCAGCCAGGAGAGUCCCGAGUGAAGCUGACUGUUCUGGUGCCUCCAUCUCCACCCCUGUGCAGAGUUCCCACGUCUGUGACGACGGGCAAGAAGGCCGUCCUGUCCUGCCACGACAAUGAUGGCUCCCCUCCACCCAAAUAUAACUGGUACAAAGACGGUGUCCUUCUGCCUCUCGACCCCUCCAAGAUCUCCGGCUUCAAGAACGCCACCUACAGGCUGAACGCAGACACCGGAAACCUGGACUUUCCUGCAGUAACCAAGAUGGACUCGGGUCAGUACUACUGUGAGGCGUCCAACAGUGCCGGGCCUGCUCAGCGCUGCAUUGGCGCCAAAAUGGAAGUCCGUGACCUCAACACGGGAGGAAUUGUUGCCGGGGUGAUCGUGGCUCUGCUGCUGCUCGCCUUACUGGGAUUUGGCCUUUGGUACGCCCACAAGAAAGGAUACCUGCCCAAGAAGACCGAAAGCAAACCCAAAGCCAGCGUGGUCUACCAGCCUCCGUCACUGUACGGCGGAGAAGAGGAAGAUGGGGAUUUCAAACAGAAGUCAUCGUUCGUGGUAUAGUCUGCGAUAAACGACACGUCACGACAGGACGACGCCCACCGUGUUUUAAAGAGUCUGAGUUUUUUUAGCCGGCUCCCAGUUUGAGUUUUAGUGUCUCUGAUGCAUCGACCUAUCAGGAUGAAGAUUAGAGGACACCAGAGAGCUGUGAUGCAUCGCUAGUUUGUUUUAUGAAUGUGUGUGUGUGUGUGUGUGUGUGUGUGUGUGUGUGUGUGUGUGUGUGUGUCCUGUUUAAACACACAAAUCAAACAGAUCAUAUCAUGAGACAGAAUCCAGGAAUAUACAUUUAAAAACAAAUGAACUUUUUUACAAUCACGUUUUUAUUACACUUGCUGCCACCGUCACGUUGUUUGUUCGUUCUCUGUCUGGCAGUCUGUGUUCUUCUUUUUAACAAACAUGAAUAAUAAGUUUAUUGUUUCUCUUCCUUGUAAAUAACAAAAUGUUUUUUUAUUAUUUGCUUUAGAACAAUUAGAAACUGAACGCUCGUUUGUCUGUCAGCUUCCUCACACGUUCAUCUUUGCGUGGCUCGCUCGGUGAAUCCAUCUUUGAAGCGGGUGGAGGGACGGGUGGAGCAGCUGGAGGUGUGGUCGUAGUUUUGAUGUUUAGGUAACGCCACACGUGAAAACAUGUUCGGAGAAUCUGUCACGUUGAAUAUUUUAAGAAUUCUGCAGCUGAUGUUUGUAACUGUAACCACACUGCUCAAUAAAAUGUUAAAGUUAAA